UACUAUAUUCGUAACUAAUCCCGUUAAACAUUCUCAGUCCAGUUCGACCAACCAGAUUCUAUCCUUCUAAACGACUAUUCCGGAUGACUGUGAACCCUGUUACAUACACCAACCCUGAGAUCACGGUUCAAUACCCUGGCUCUCAAGUGACCUUGCCAAACGGGUUUGGACCAGUUCCAACCCUAUCUGAUACUCCGGUCUUCUAUUUUGACAUCGAUAACUGUUUGUAUGACCGUUCUCUCGGCAUCCACGACCAGAUGCAAGUUCUUAUCCACGAUUACUUCAAGGGAAACUUGUCCUUAAGUGAUGAAGAAGCCCACAAGUUGCACAUGACUUACUACAAGACGUACGGUCUUGCCAUUGAAGGUUUGGUUAGAAAUAACCAGGUUGACGCAUUGGAAUACAAUGCCAAGGUUGACGACGCCUUGGCCUUGCACGGACUUAUCACCCCAAAUCUUAAGUUGAGAGCUAUGUUGCAAGCUCUUAAGGAAUCAGGAAGCUGCCGCAUGUGGUUAUUAACCAACGCAUACAAGAACCACGCUUUGAGAUGCAUUUCUCUCUUGGGGUUAGGUGACUUGUUUGAAGGCUUGACCUUCUGUGAUUAUGCCCAAACGCCAAUUGUCUGCAAGCCAAUGACAGGCUACUUCACGAAUGCGUUUGCGAAGUCUGGGUUGAAGGCAACUGAGGAAACCUUGGCAAACACUUACUUUGUGGACGAUUCUGGUUUGAAUUGCAAGGCUGGUGUGGACUUGGGUAUGGGCCAUGUAGUGCACUACAUUGAGAGGAAUGAAGAUUAUGAAGAGGUGGUUGGCAGUGAUAAUUACGCGAAAUAUUACAAGGCUGGUGGUAGAACUAACGGGAUUAAGAUCGUCAGAAACAUCCUUGAACUUGAAACCGUCUGUUCUGAGCUCUUUUAGAGCUGAGACCCCUGGGUAGAGCAGAGUUGUACUCUUAGUCAACGAAAUUACAAGCAGAACGAGGCGUGAAUGGGUCCAGGUGCUAGAGUUUAAAUAUUCUGUCUACAAGUAUAGAUCUAAUUGAAAUGUGACAAAAGCUAUAGAGACCCUAUAUCUGGGGCCAGCCCACAUAAGUACGGCC